GAAAACCCAGUAGGUUUGAUUAAGAACUUGUAUAUCUGAAAAUGGUAUUGCAUGGGUUAAAAUUGCCUCGUUAAGACCUUGCCAAGAAAAUUCAGUAGGACAAAACCUGGACGAAAGAAAAAGAGUACAGUAUGCCAAUACCACAAGUGGACAUGAAAGACUUGGCUAAGAAAUCCAGCUUAUGGAAUCCAUCUAGCCAACCGAAAAUUGAUUUGGUUGCUGGUUCAAGUGGACAUGAAAGACUUGUGGUUGAGACACUUGUUAGCCUUCUGCCUGUUGAGAAACUUGCUGUUCCCAUCAAUUUUCUCUUUGGGCUUUUGCGAAGUGCUGUGAUGCUUGAUUGCACAGUUGCUUGUAGGCUUGAUCUUGAGAGGCGGAUUGGGUCGCAGUUGGAUAUAGCUUCUCUAGAUGAUCUUUUGGUCCCCUCCUUCCGCCACGCUGGUGAUACUUUAUUUGAUGUUGAUACGGUUCAUAGAAUUUUGGUUAAUUUUUCCCAACAAGAUGAUAGUGAAGACGAUAUGGAAGAUGCCUCAGUCUUUGAAUCUGAUAGUCCUCAUUCACCCUCCCAGACUGCAUUGUUCAAAGUUUCAAAGUUGGUAGACAAUUACCUCGCUGAAAUUGCACCUGAUGCAAAUCUCAAGCUCACUAAAUUCAUAGCAAUUGCAGAAACUUUACCAUCACACGCACGUACUAUUCAUGAUGGGUUGUAUCGAGCCAUUGAUAUUUACCUCAGAGCGCAUCAGGGUUUAUCAGAUCCAGACAGGAAGAAGCUCUGUAAGCUGAUUGAUUUUCAAAAGCUCUCACAAGAAGCUGGUGCACAUGCGGCACAAAAUGAACGCCUUCCUCUUCAAUCAAUGGUCCAAGUGCUAUAUUUUGAGCAGUUAAGGCUCCGAAAUGCCUUAUUCUGUUCUUACCCCGAGGAAGAACACAAGCCAAUGCACCAGUCAUGGAGGAUUCUAAGAACUUGUAUAUCUGAAAAUGGUAUUGCAUGGGUUAAAACUGUCUCAUUAAGACCUUGCCAAGAAAAUUCAGUAGGACAAAACCUGGACGAAGGGAAAAGAGUACAGUAUGCCAAUACCUCUUCGAUCAAUUGUUCCCCCUCAUUGUUGCAUUAGUUCAACCCUGAAGAUCAUUUAGUUGACGCAUUCCAAUGUUGUGUACCCGCUUUUUGAAUGUUGUAAUUGGAAGCGUUUUAGUGAAUAAAUCUGCUAGAUUUUCAAAUGA